UCUAGCUCGUCUUCAAGUCUUUUAUGCUGCAAACUAGAGCACUUGGACAAAGACCGAAAAAAAAAAAAAAGAAAUCCGCACCUGUCAGUCAGGCUCUGCUAUUGCCAGGGGCAGCUUGUCCCUUCAUUAAGAAAUUUGCAAAGCACAGGGACAAUGAGUGAAAAAAAAAACUAGUUGCCCAAUAGGCAGGAGCCGUAUUCGUCCAAUAGAGUAAGCUGAGGCCGGUUGCCACGGAUAUCGCCAUCUGUUCCCUCCCCACUGGAAUGUGGAGCCUGCUGGAGAAAAGCUGGGAAGCAAUACAGUGUGGGUACGGAGACCUGCAGUGGGGAAAAUCCUAGGACUGACCCGGAAUAAGGACUAAUCGAGGAUUCCAUGCAGGACGCGGUCACGUCAUUUCUGGAUUCUGGAUACCCCCAGGCAACAGCGUACACUGUCCCCGUAUCCUUCCCUCCUGGAAGCCGAUCUCCACUAGCAGAGACCAACUGGUAGAUGAGGAGAGAAGGAAUAAACAAAAUGAUUACACGUCGGACUUUCCCAAAACUGUAGGGAGAAGUCCAAAGCCUAAAGUACCACCAAAGCCUUCAGAUUUACCGCCCUCUCCAUCACCAUACAAGAACCAAACUCCUAUCAGCAGAACCUUUCCUCGGGUCCAUUACAGGAUGGAUGAAGGUUCCCCUUCGGCAGGAGAGAAGUCAAGCAAGAUCUCAGAUCUCAUCAGUCGAUUUGAAGGCAGUGGCACUGUUGAAACCAAAAAAGAAAGUCCAGAUCUGAAUAAUGGACCUACUCAAAAGACUGUAGCUAAAGUAAUUCUCCAACCACGACCAUUUACUGAACACCCCCUUCUCCACAAACAAACUGUAAGUCAAGAGGAACCAAAGCACAAUGGCAUAGUAGGCCCUGACCUGGAGGAAUAUGUUGAAGCAGACACUCUACCUUCUGCUGGAAAUAAGAUUGAGAAUGAACUCCUUUCUUCACAAUUACCUCAAGCUCCAAAAUCUCCUAUUCAUGAUACAAGAGUUCCAACACCUCCAAAAUCUCCAAACAGGACACAAGCCUCUAGGACACAGGAUUUUCCACCAAUGGAUACACAAGAUUCUUUUCCUGGAACAUCAGAACUUUUCACUGAACAGAUCUUAUCUCCCUCAGAGGAAGCCGCAGUGCAGAACCUUCUGAAUGGAGGACCCCAAACAUCUAGGGAUAAACCCAGCCAUAAGGGUCUUAUUAAUGAGGGGUACCAAGAAACUGAACUCCCGAGCAGAUUAUCAUCUGAGGAGAACAAUAUAGAAGGCAAUAACAGUAUCAAGUCCGUGUCAAGUCAAUCUGAUGAAAUCAAGGAAACAAAUGAGCAGAAACUUCAUAACAUUGCCAAUGAACUUCUACAGACAGAACGAGCGUAUGUCAGCAGGUUGGAACUUCUGCAGACCUUUAACAAAGCAUUAGAGAAUGAAGCCAAGAAAGGAUCUUUCCCAGUAGAUGUUCCUAACAAAAUAUUCUCAAACAUUAUCUCAAUUUACAAUUUCCAUUCGUCAUUCCUGCUUCCGGAGCUUGAGGGCAGAAUGAAUGAAUGGUCUAUCAGCCCCAGAAUUGGAGAUAUUUUACAAAAACUGGCACCAUUCUUAAAGAUGUAUGGAGAGUAUGUAAAAAAUUUUGAUAAUGCUAUGGAGACGGUGAAAACCUGGACGGAGCGGUCGGCGCAGUUUAAACAUGUGGUUGAAGAAAUACAGAGGGAAGAAAAGUGCGGUAGCUUGACACUGCCGCACCAUAUGCUGGGGCCAGUACAACGGAUACCACGAUACGAGAUGCUCUUAAAGGACUAUCUGCGCAAACUGCCCGAAGACUCACUUGAUCGAAAGGAUGCAGAAAAGUCCCUUGAAAUUAUUUCAACGGCAGCAAUUCACUCAAAUACAGCAAUCAGGAAAAUGGAGAGUCAGAAGAAGCUACUGAUGGUAUAUGAAAUGCUGGGAGAAGAAGAGGACAUUGUCCACCCCUCUAAUGAGUUCAUAAAAGAGGGGCAGAUUCUUAAACUGGCCGCUCGUAACACGUCAGCCCAAGAGCGACAUCUCUUCCUGUUCAACAACAUGUUACUGUACUGUGUGCCUAAGUUCAGUCUGGUGGGGGCAAAGUACUCUGUGCGUACAAAGAUCGGACUGGAAGGUAUGAAAGUAGUAGAGACGCAGAAUGACGACUAUCCGUACACCUUCCAGAUCUCGGGCAAAGAGCGCACACUGGAGUUACAGGCCAGCUCUGAACAAAUAAAACAAGAAUGGCUCAAGGCUUUGAACACAGCGAUUGCAGAAUUUCAGCAGCGGAAUGAAACCUUUAUAAUUGCAAAUGCUAAAAAAAUGGAGGAGGCGCCACAGGAAGUUCCUAGUGCUGAACUGGGUCUCCGAGCUCCAAGGUGGAUCCGAGACAAUGAGGUGACCAUGUGCAUGAAAUGCAAAGAGCAAUUUAAUGCGCUGACCAGGAGGAGACAUCAUUGCAGGGCGUGUGGCUAUGUAGUUUGUUGGAAAUGUUCUGACCACAAAGCCCCUCUUGAAUAUGACGGUAAUAAAAUGAAUAAAGUGUGUAAAGACUGCUACCAUAUAUUGCAAGGUUGUAACAACAGCGAGGAGAAAGAGAAGAAAAGGGGAAUACUGGAGAUUGAGUCUGCAGAAGUCUCAGGAAAUAGCGUAAUCUGCAGUUUCCUCCAGUAUAAUGAAAAGUCAAAACCUUGGCAGAAGGUCUGGUGUGUGAUACCGCAACACGAGGCUCUUGUGUUAUACAUGUAUGGAGCGCCACAGGAUGUCAAAGCCCAAGCCACAAUUCCUCUUCUGGGUUACAUUAUUGAAGAAUCGCCCCGUGGAGUAGACUUGCCCUACAGCUUCAGACUAUCUCAGUCUAAAUCCAUACACAGCUUUUCGGCUGACAGUGAAGAACUGAAGCAGAGGUGGCUUAAAGUUAUCAAUCUGGCAGUAGUGGGGGAGACCACAAGUAACAGAAAUGGUGCCGUAGAUGGACACUUAGAACCUUCUCUGUGAUAAUGAAAGGUCUUCUUGGAAACCCCAAUGAAAUAUGAACACAAGACUAAGAAAGUUCUUUAAAAGAAUAAGCCGAAUUUGGUUUACAGAUCUAACUACUGACCUGAGAUAGAAUGACACUUAGCUUCCAGGUCACAUCUUUCUUCAGUGCCAACCAUGAAAAUCCAUAUGGCUAUUUUGGUGGUGAGAAGAAUACUUGGUGGACCAGUCUUGAUCAAUAAUUGGGGGUCUAACAUUCACCAAAAGGAGGUAUCACUACAUGGCGACAUUUUAUGGAUCUUUAGGACUUCAAGAACAUCUUUGAUACAGAUUUCAAAAACAAGGUGAACGCUACAACAGUUAAAAGGACAACACCCGGAAAUUUGAUAUGAAAUUCCAGAUAACGUUAUAGGAAAUCAAUUAUUUUAUAAAUAAUAGCACAAUCAGCUAAAAGAUGAAAUUGUAAUGUUUUGCAGAUUUAUUCAUAGAGCGUGGAUGAGAAAAAUUUCAAGGCACAAUGGUAUGACAGAGAAAGCACAUGGGGACUUAGAGUGAGGUCUAACGUAUGCCCCAAUCCUAAACAAAAUUAUUGUAAAUUGAAAAGUCCUUGAUUUAUCAACUUUUUAUUUGCACUUAGAUUUUAUUUAUUAAUUAAAUAUUGUCCUUUGUAAUACA